ACGGACCACACAAUGGGGCGCCGAGCUGCAGCAGGAGCUGAGUAGCUGCAGCGGACUGUGGUCGCUGCUUAAGCGGGUCAUCCAAACCAUCUUCACAAUCCCGAACGGGUUGAUCCUGCUCUGGUUCUCGACGCUCUGGUGGGGGAACGGACGGUCUUCCAGGACAGUGUGAAGACGUGCGCGUGGGGCGAUUGGGAGAAAUGGCCUCAAGAUGCAACCCCCAUCAUGUCGCCUUCAUCGCCGACCCCCAGCUGGUGGAUCCUCACACCUACCCGGGCCGCCCGUGGCCUCUCUCGACCUUGACCGUCAAAUUCACCGACCAAUAUCUCCGCCGCUCCUUCUCGUCCUUGCAACAGGAACUCGGCCCCGACUCCGUGCUGUUUCUGGGGGAUCUCUUCGACGGGGGCAGGGAAUGGUCCACGCAGCACAGCGAGAGUCCGGAGGGGCGGUAUCGCAAAUACGACGAUCGGUUCUGGAAAAGGGAGUUCCAUCGCUUUGUCAAAAUCUUCGUGGAUACGUGGAACGAGGGAGAUGGCCACAUCCGACACCCCGUCGGGCGGAGGCUGCUGACCGGGCUGCCGGGAAACCAUGACCUGGGGUUCGGGUCUGGCAUCCAGACACCCGUGCGCGAUCGGUUCCAGAGCUUCUUCGGCAAGAGCAACCGCGUCGACGUCAUCGGGAACCAUACCUUCGUUUCAGUUGACACGGUGUCGCUGAGCGCGAUGGACCAGCCCGACCCGGAGACCGGUAGCUCGGGCACAGGGUCUGGCGACGGAACGCAGCCCAACGAGCACAUCUGGCGGGAGACGCAGGAUUUCCUCGACCGCAUGAAUGUGCACCGGGGCCGGGCAGAGGUGGAGGCGCUGCGCAUGCUGGGCAACCAGAGCGAAGGGCGUCGGUUCCAGCACCGCGCGAUGGAUAUCCUCGAGCCGUCGCUGGCGCACACCGCUGCUCCGGAGAUCGCGGGGUUCCCCACGAUCCUGCUGUCGCAUGUGCCGUUGUAUCGUCGCCCAGCGACGCCGUGCGGACCCUACCGCGAACGGCAUCCCCCAUCUAGUCCCAACCUGGAGGAAGACGAGCGGAACGCCAUCCCCAUGGGCCGGGGCUACCAAUACCAGAACGUGCUGACGCCGACGAUUUCCCGAGACAUCGUAUCCAAGGUGGGGCCCAAUCUGGUGCAGAUGUACUCGGGCGACGACCACGACUACUGCGAGAUGUCGCACCACGAAUUCAGCGGGUCGCCGACCGAGAUUACGGUCAAGAGUCUCUCGUGGGCGAUGGGCAUCCGGCAGCCGGGGUUUGUGUUGACGAGCCUGUGGAAUCCCAUCGACCCGGCCACGGGGCAGCCCUAGCCACGGCCCCGGGCCCGGGACACAGUCUCCAGAACCAGCUGUGUCUGCUCCCGGACCAGCUGUCGAUUUUCAUCCACUACGGGCUGCUCUUCGGCGUAACUGUGGGGGUGCU